AUGAGCAGCAGCAAGCCCGGAAGUGCCGAAGCGGCUGCUGAGAAGUUGUACGAGGAGAGAAUGGAGGAAGAAUAUGCCAAGCGGGAGGGAGGUGCUUAG